AUGGCGAACAAUAAUUUCUCCGGUUAUACCAGUUCGAAUAAUUAUUACUCAUCAACUACGGAUCCGCAGUAUGCCCUCUACGGCGGUUACUACGCUACUGUUCCCACAAUGGCUUCCAAUUCACAGUCACAAGGACAAGGGUCUCCUCAGAUGAGUAUACCUCAGUCAGCCAGCAGCACUGCUUAUGCAUUCUCAAGUGGAAGUUAUCCAGUGCCGAAUUAUGCAUCCAGCAGUUCACAGUACUACGGUGGCUAUGGACAGGAUAUGAGUGGAUAUUCAGCCUAUGCAAGUGCUGCUCAACCGCAUUCAAACCAGGACUUCAUAUACAACUACCAAAAUAUUGAGCAACAAGCAGCUGCUUUUAUGCAGCAGUACACAGCUGCUGCUGCUGCUGCCAGCUCUACAUCAUCUGCAGUUAGAUCUGUCACAGAAACCUCAGAUGACCAGCCUCCAGUUUUCGGAAUUGAGCCACAACAGUUGGAACAAUUCUCUCAUCAAAUUCAACAACAGUUCUCAAACAUGUACCAACAACACCCAGCCCAGCAGCAGCAACAACAACAAUCAAAGCAGCAGCAACAACAUACAACUCAUCAGCAGUCAUCGUCACAUCAAUCACCAGCCCAACAACACGGCCAACAACUGACUGCAGAGCAACAAAAAGAGUUUCAGCGAACCUUCCAGCAGGCUUUUGAGAAAAAUCUGCAACAACAAAUCAAGCAACAAAUUCUGCAACAACUUGGACAAACUGGUAACUUAGGUGGGGCGUCAGUUGUUGAUGGGGUUGCUGUAUUUUUUGGGGAUGAUAGUGUCGGUAAAAAAUCAUCUUCUGGGAGUGUUCAUGGGGGUAGUGGGCAAAAAGGGGGUGUGGGGAGUGCUGGGGGUGUUGAGGCAAGUGGGAAGGACAAAUCAAAGUAUUAUUGUUCCGUUUGUGAUGUGGUCUAUGCUAAUUCCUUGGCAUUCACGAGUCACUUGGGUAGUGAGAUGCACAAAUUGAAAAAAGAGAAAGCACUCAAAAAUCCUCCGAAAGACAAACGACCUGAGGAACAACAAUGGUCGUCGUCGUCAUCUGGAAAAAUUUACGUUAGUCCGGAGCCAGUAGUAAAGCAGCAGCAGCAGCAGCAACCACAAUCUCUCUACGCUCCAGAUGGAAGGAAAUUGUUAUGGUGCAAGCUCUGCGAGGUGUCGUGUGCUGGUGCUGAUCUGUAUGCACAGCACAUCAAGGGUGAUGCCCACCAAAAGGUACUCCAGAUGACAAAUGAACAGAGGAGGCAGCACAUUCAUCAGAAAAAACUGCUGAAACCUGAAGAGUUUGGAAUGUCACUUGACUCCGUGCAUUCUCCAGCUGCCGUCAGCCAAGCAGUGCCGAUCGAUGAAGAUAACCUUGGUUCCGAAUACAUAGAGGAGCUGAGGAAAGAAGAUGGAGAGCUGAUGAGAAUCUUCUGCAACCUCUGCAAGGUCGAUCUCAGCAACUUGGAUACUAAAAUGAUACACAUGAAAUCUAGCAAGCAUGUCACUCUUUAUUGGGAAAAAAAGCAAAGAGAAGGAGUCCCUCCCCCAUCUCAUCAGCAGCAGCAACAGCAGCUUCACUCACUGCAACAUCUAAACUUCAGUGCAUCACAUACCACAAAAGAUUAUCCUGAUGUGCUUGUCCAGAACAUCGGCUCGGCUCUGCAGCAGCAAAUACAGCAACAGUUCCAACACCAGAUCCAGCAACAACUUCAACAGCAGUUCGCUCAGAGUUAUGGCUACGCCCCGUGUGAUAGCUUUCCGGGGUCUGCCUACUACAACAACCAUCACAGCCAUUACUCUCAAUAUAACAAAGAAUUUGCAGAGUCACAGAGGUUUGAGCGCUCGAGGAAAUUUCCUCCCAAUAGAAAAUGGGCACCCGGCAGUAGCGGUGUUAGCACGAAACCAGAUUUCAUUGUUCUGGGUGGUUCUGAUAGUGGCUACAAUAAAUAUGAUAGUCUUUUUAAAGCAGUGCAGAAAGUCUUAACAGAUGUUGACAAAUGGUUGAAACCAAUUGUAGAACCUGUUGAACCAUCGCAACAACCAAUCACAUCGAAGAGAAUCGGGGCAAUCGCUAAGGGUCUCCUCAUUCGAAACCAUCUUGUCCUUGACAUUCUUCUGAUUAUGCCUAACUGGCCAACGAAAUCUGACCUGAGGGGGAUUCUCAAUAAGCUUGAGAAUGCUAUGCAAGCUGAGCCAUCGACAGCUUCGACCACACCCUACUCAACAUCGUUGUCGCCAACUGAGGAAUCCAUCGUGGUCAAGUGCAGGUCUGCCCCGUUUGUCGUCUGCAACAUCCACGUGACCUGUGUCAAGGACAAUUGUGGUUGUGGCGAUGGUGAUGAUGAGAUGCAAGGUGAUGAUGAUCGUGCCCCCAAAACAGGUAAGGAGCAGAGCAACGAUAGGGAUGAUGUUGGUGGCGGGAGUAGUGGCGUUGAGGUCGUUGAUGUAGAUCAAGAAGCUGAUAGGAUUGAUAAAGAAUUAUGCGCCAAGCUACUGAAAGAUCUCGAUCAUACUAAGUGGUUUCAGACGAAAGCCAACAUGCUGCCAUCUUGUGUUCUGGUGGUCCGCGUCCUCAAGAGCAUCACAAACACCAUUGGGGAUCUCAGCGACGAGUUGAUAGAGCUCGGAGUCUAUAGAGUCCUGAAGACGACACAGAAACCUUGCACUCCUGGCAAGGCGUUCAUCGGUUUUAUAAAAAGUUUGGCCUCUGGAUCACUCCUACCUGACGACCAUCCGAUGAAAGUUGAGAUAAAAUGUAAGUCUAGUGGUGCUCAGUUGGUUAAAGAUGGUAGUGAUGGUGGUGGGAGUGAUAACAAAUUGGAUACCGAGAAGAUUGAUGCAAUUCGUACUGGUGAGGAUGGGGAUAGUAGGAUGAAAGUUUCCGAUGGUGAGAAUGUGGAAAAUUUGGAAGAAGCUACUGAGGAUGGAAAAUGUGGUGAGAGAAAUGUCGAUGUGGACAUGCACCAGCAAAAUGAACAUGAAACUAAAAAUAAUGGUGACGCUGCUACAGUCACUGCCGGUGCUGCUGCUAGCGCUACUGCUGCUGAUGAAGAUAUCAGAAAAAUUGACGUCAUCAUACACGAAAAAGUUUUCACUCAUGUCGAAGAUAAUGAAAAUGAUAGAAUGAGUAAUAGUGAUAAAAGUGAGAGUGAUAAGAGCAGGGAGAAAAAUAUGACCUCGCAGCAAUCAGUUGAGAAAGUUUUUGAUGACGAUGAUAACAAGAGGUGGCAGGAUGCUCUGUGUGGCAUGGGUCUGGAAGAAAGAGUGGAAAUAACUUCGAGAGCACAGAAACUCCUAAAAACAGUACUAUCUGGCGACCUGCACGAAGUUCUCGGCCUCUGCAAGAAGAAUGAAACCAAAGUAACGUCGCCUGCUAAAAAGUCCGAUGCUGAUGAAUUAGUGGACAAUGACGUCACCAUGGUCAAAGAUGGAGAUGACGAUGACGAACAUGAUGAUGACGGAGUGUCAAAGGAGAAGAAACGCAAGUUCAUAUCUGAAAAAUAAUCUAGUGCUAGUGACCGAACAGUCUGCUGCUAGAACAGAAACUGAUACAACGACAUUAACAUUUCAUUAUUUCUGUAUUAGUAUUUGUAUUCUAUUCUCUUGUUAUACAUACAUUUAAUGAUCGGGCAAUGGUUAUAAUAAUGAGUUACUGUUGUCGUUAGUACGUUUAAUCAUUCUCAUGUUGUUAUCGGAUUUUGUUAAGAGGAAGAGAAGUUUAAAUUCGGGAACAAUUUGAUGUCAUCUAUAUCAUUUGGAACGUGUUAACAGUUAAAUAAUCAAUUUAAAUUUCAAGAUGAACUAAUACAUUUUUAUAUUGUAUGAGAGCAAACUCAAUCAAUAAUACGUUCAGCUGUAUAUGAAUAAGACUGUUCUUUAAUGUUUUUACAAUCUCUAGAUGGUUGUAAUUUGUAAAUUACCCAUAAAAAAUUUUAGUCUAUAUUUUUUGUUGUGUAUAAUUUUUUUUUUUUUUUUUUAAUUGAAGCAUUAAGACGUCAAAAGAAUGAAUACUUUUGAACAUUGAUGUUUUCAAUGAAAACUGUGUGACAUUCUGUUAGUU